AUGUCAUUUUCUUUCGGGUUCACUAAAGAGGACUUCAGCGAUGACGACUUUGAAGAGUCGUCUCACACCCAUUUGAGCGAUUAUCAAAAAGUCAAUGGAAAUGAAAAGGUGCCGAACUCAUUAAGUACGUUCUCAUCUACAAUUGAGAGACAGAACCUACCAGUGAUUCACUCAACGGAGUCGUUAUUACAGACUUUGAGAAAUGUGAGGUUGACUUUUGACAACUAUACAACUCCCAUUGGACAAAAUAUUGUUUACAGACGUGAACUUUUUGAUGUAAAGCACCAGGUGAUGACAGAAGACAAUCAAGAGAAUACGAAGAUCAAUGAAAUCUUGAUUGAUCUCAAUGACAAGGACUUGGAAAAGAGAGUUUACGAAGGAGGAUUCAAGAGUUGGGAGUGUUCGUAUGACACUGUAGACUUAUUGGCUAAGUUUAUCCAAUCAGAUUCGCUUUUGUCAACGUACUCGUCCUAUUUGGAUUUUGGUUGUGGUACUUCGCUACCUUCCAGCUUUCUUUUGUUGCAGAAAUUUCAAAGGAAAAACAGAAAUCCAAUCAAAGUCAUCUUGUCUGAUUUCAACCAGGAAGUUUUGAGAUUGGUCAGUUUGCCAAAUAUCCUCAUUCAUUGGGCGUCCACUUUGGAACCCCAACUUUUGCAUGACUUGACUACAAGCGAAGACAUUCCGUACUUGAAAAACGACGAGUUGUUGAUCACUGAUGCGUUGAUAGACACAUUCAUUAAUGAUUUAAAAGAGUACAAUGUCGAAUUAGUGUUUAUUUCUGGCUCGUGGGGCACUCAGUUCAAUCAGUUGAUCGAGAAAUACGCAAUCGACUUCAUCAUAAGUUCAGAAACCAUCUACUCGUUAGAGACAUUGCCAUUAGUGGCUGAGUCAAUUGUAGACAUUCUCGAGAAAUCUGGCACUAAAGAAGGACGUGCCCUCAUAGCAGCCAAAAACAUCUACUUUGGUGUAGGAGGCUCUGUGAUAGAAUUCUUGCACUACUUGAGUAGGGUAAAGACCGACAAGUUUACUGUACAAGCAGAGGAGGUAGACGAUGCCCAGCUAAAGAGGUCGAUGAUUGAUAUCGUGUACAAGGCAUAA